AUGGAGCAGUUGCGUAUGCUGCUGCAAGAUGCCGAGGCGGCUCAUCUCCGUACGCAACAAGCAAUUGCAGACAAUUUAGCGCAAGUGUCGCAUCUAAAGGACUCCGUGCUGCUGCUUCUGGAUGUGCUGGGCCGAUGCGAGACUAUAGAGGCUCGGCACGAGACUCUUGAAGUGCUGCGCCGCUUGUUUGCCGAAUGCUCAAAAUACUUCCACGACGUUCAAUUUCUCCAGGAGACAAAUGACGAUGCUACAGAGUCUCAGCACGUAGUUAAGAGAGGUAAUGUGAUUUUAAAGGCGUUAUUAUCCACGUUGCAUACACUAAGCUGCCAAAUUGGAGUGGAAAGCGAGACAUUUCAAAUUCUUACGGACAUGGUACGCAUUCUGUGUCUCCAGACCAUGAAUACACCGGACGUAGUGGCUCUUUUCGACUUUCUCCGGCUUGGUAGGCCACCUGCUCGUCGCUGGGUGCUACAGAUGCAAAAGACGCUUUUGGAGAUGGAUACAAUACCACGUGCAAUCUUCACAAUGAGAGGACCUAAUGCCGGACUAGUAAUACCGUCCGAUGUCCAAUUAGUCACCAAGAAAGGGUACAGCUGUAGCUUUGGCAUACACAUAGAAGCUACGGCAGCAGCUGUCGCGCUAUAUAGCUUUCGAGGUCUUAACGGGCAGGGUGUGUCGGCAAUUCUAAGUGGCAAUAUAUUAUUAGUGAAGUCAGUUGGAGUCCACGGGGCUGUUCAGCAAGCGGAAGUGCCGUUUGUCGAGUAUGCAGAGAAGAUGCAAAAGGAGUGGAUGCACUUGUGCAUCGUGCACGCUAAGAACAUAGUUUUUAAGGAUAAAUUGACCGUGUACGUGGAUGGAGUAAAUAUUUUCUGUGGGAACUUAGGAUAUCCUGAUCCGGUAGCAAUGGUGGGUGGACGCAAUACUAUCGGCAUUGAGCCUCUUGUGGGUGGUCUGCAAGGAAAAAUUUGGAGUCCCACUCUUUUUGGCGUGCCGCUAUCAGAGACUGGAGUCCAGAGGUUGCAUUGGCUUACACAUUGGAAAUAUGAUCUCAACUCAAUCACAGCGGAGAGUUUGAAUCAUUCGGAUAAAUUUAAAUUGUGCUUUUCUUAUGACGCACGGAGCUGCGACUUGAACAAGCGCAUUUGCUAUGACGUUAGUGGAAACGAUCAUCACGGAUCUCUUGGACCUGGAACAAAUGCGGUUGUUACCCAAAGUUUUAUUCAUGCACUAGAUUCUAUCGGAGGCUGUGCGUGCUUUCUUCUGCUACUACUAGAUCAAAUUCCCGAAAUGGCAAACUUUCAUCCAACUAAAGAAUUUGAAAUAGAAGAAAUUUCUGAUCUUUUGGCAUUUGUGGGUUCGGGGCUGCAUCAAAGCACGGUCUGUCGCUCUCACUUUGUUCGACUGCAUGGUGUUAACGUGGUAGAGUUUAUACUGCAAUCAAUUUCUCCGAACUGUCUUUCGGUUUCAAUACUUAAUGGUGUGAUUUCUAUCUUGGAUGCCAUGGUCGAUUUUUCGAAAACUCAAGGAGAACUUGUGGAGUAUAUUUAUCGGCUAAUGUUUUUCAACACAAAUUGGUUUCUCUCACCAUACGACACACAAGUAAAACUUUUGGGCAAAGUGCUUCCGAGGUACUUGCAAAUUCUCCGAAAAACAAGCCUACAAGAGAAAUCUUGCUGUUCUGACAUUGUAUCAAUUCCUCGCGCCGCAUCAUUAUCCGACUUCUCUCGCUUUUCAAAUAUCAAAGAUCAAGCUAGCGUCGGCUUCUUUUGUCGCUUGAUCGCUCAAAAUUAUGUGGUAAGCCCAUCUGACAAUUAUAAGAGCAAUCAAAUGAAUGCGGAACAGCUGGCACAAUUGCGCGAACUCAUUUUGUGCAGGCUAAUCGAUCCCCUGCUUUUUCCGGUAUUUGAGGAUACAGCGACUGAUCAAUGGCGUCAGCUAAUGGCUUACUUAUUCCGACAAUGCCAAAGCAGCUCAACAAAACACCCUCGUGAUAGAGAUGCUGCGGACAUUAUCCAUAUACUUCAGUAUCUUACGCAGAAUUUAGCAUCGUCUGAGGCUUGCAAAGGAGCUGUCAGUCUUCCAUCUCGCCAGCUGCAGGUCACAACUAACAUCAAUCAUCUUUCGAAAGGUACAAUGCGAGCGUUUUGGAGACCAAUGCUUUCCUCAAAUUAUAAUGUUCGCUUAAACGCGCUUCGAUUGUUUGAAUUAUACACAUCUGAAAGAAGCUUACUACAGAAACACGAUAUGCUAAUGCUGUACUCAUCUUUGCAAGCACAUACUCUCACUGCCGACAUUGCUGAUUUGUUACUGGAUAUCGUCAUUGGACGAAAGCGAAUGCCACAUAAGUUUUCUGAUGAAGUGCGUAUUGGCAGUCUUGAACGGAUGAAUUAUAUUCCUCUUGUGUUAAUUAAUCUUAUUCACUGUGGAGGAUUCGAUGUCCAAGCUUACGUCCUGGCGGAAAUUCGUGUGCAACUAGCAUCUUCCGCGAUGGGAAACCGCGUGAAAGAUUCAAUUCGAUCCUGGCCUUCCUGGCUGAGUCAGCUACGAUCAAUCACAGUUAAAGCGUCUGUGGAAGCAGCAGCAUAUACGAUUGAUCGCAAUGAAACGAGAAAACUGAGUUGUAGUCAGUCAGUAGAGCUCAACGAGGCUUGCAGCCUCCUCAGCGCGGACUCAACCUCAGCAUAUGCUAAGUUAAGAGCAAUUGAGACAAUCGCAAUGUAUGGGGAUGUGUCAGCGUGUGAUUUUGCUCUUAGCCUGAUACAAAUCCGCAGCCAAGACGAAUUCUGUACUAGCGCCAUCAUUACGAUGGUUAUCAAACAUUAUCCACAGCGUUGGUGUGAACUUGUGGACAAGCUUGCUAGCCAAAUGAUCGUACAAAUUGUGGUCUACUGCAUCCUUUCCGUCAAAAAUGGGUGGUCGUGCUUUAUGGAGUUUUAUUUCUACCAUUGCCGUACGCCUUCCGUUCUAUGUAGCUUAACGGCAGAAAUUUGCGAAGAAAUCAUGUAUCAAACAACUCAUAAUCACUCAGCGCUACAUUCUGAUAUAAUUUGGGAGAAUCUUUCUCAAGUCGCCGCAUUGAUCUCUCAGAGCUCGCUUUUGACAAACAAAAUGACCGAAAGGCACACUUCUAAUGAUUUUAUUCUGGCGCAAGGUCAGGAGACAAUUCUCGAUCGUAAGGCAUUUGAGCUUUGGCAGGUCGUACUGCCCCAUUUUCAUCAAAUUGACUGGGACGGCCUUGUGGUAAAAUUAAAUCAAAAUUUUGAUUACGGUUGUGAUGUUACGCUUGAACAAACUGAGAUUUUCACUCAUCUCGUCGCUUCGCGGUCACAAUCUGUGGUCUUGAUUUUACAGGUGACUGUCCGGCAUGUGACGCAUGUUCAUACCAGCAACACAAUUGACGUGAGUCUAGUUCCGAAAAUACAUCGAGUUAUCCAAAUGCUGGAAGUCAUUGCUGCAGGACAUGAUGAGUCAGCUUCUCGGCGGUCGGAAGAGUCACGUUCAGUAUCACCGUCACUGAAAAUAUCGCCGCCUCGUGAAGUGGCAUGUGCCGUUGACACUGCGCACUCGCUUGACCUGUCAAAGACCGCACUCUCUCCUGGCAAAUUUCUGUUUCAAGAGGGCCUGAACGCGACACCCGACAACGAAUAUACAAUAUACAUGCAUGCUUGUUUUAGGCUUUUGGAAUGCUUGCUUGAAGCAACCGACCUUGUGGCUAUCCGUUCAACGAUGAGAGUUAUGGUGACAUUUGCUGAUACAACCUUGCAAUUAAUCGAUUCCAGCGCGAAACCUGAACUGACAAAAAUCUUCGAGAUUAUGUCUUCAACAGACCUCUCAUUUUUCAGUGACGUCGCUGACUUUCGCGAGCUAUAUUCGCUCUGGCAGCUUCAUUUUGAAAAUUACCACAUUUGCUGGGACCCCGCGGUUUUCUUCAAUCAUGUAGGGGGACACAAUUUCGAAUUCAUACGACGUUGGAUGUACGUUUUGGAAAAUAAUAUUAUUGACUUCAAUCCAUACCUCAUCCAUCAGCAUGCUCGCUCACAAGCUGAGAUGGUAAGGAAUGAACUUCAGCAGUGCGAAAUGCUGUGGAAGGAGAUAGUUGAUGAAGAUGAGGCUGCUGAGCUUGGUAAUGAUCGAGAUUCCUUAGCAAUUGAGUCGCGAGUUGUCGAGCUGAAACGUUGCACCGAAAAGUUUGCGAGUAGUGUGCAUAAACUUCUUACGAUUUCGACUUGUGACAGUGGACUAUUGUCGCUCAAUAAAAGUCUACAUUAUGCAAAGUCUGGUAAAGCAGGCCAUACUACUAAUAAAAACGAGUGCGGCAGAGAUGCAGCCACACUGAAAAUCGUUUCGACCGAAAAUAAACUCCGUAUGCGUCUUCGCCUGAAAUUUGUGUCUAAAGACUAUCGUGCGAGAAAUUUAAGCUCUGAAUCAUGUGUAUCGCUUCUCUCGGAUACUGAAAGUAUAGAGAUUGGUAGGAAAUUGAGCCGUCGUAUUUGUAAGUCAAUGGAAGGAGUCAUGACUAAUCUAGAGUAUGAUCGGCGAAGUGAUGUGGAGCUCAAACACAAUGCAUCUCUUACGGAUGCCCAAAUGCGAGCCGCGAUAAUUCGGUCUAUAUCCAACCCUGAAGAAUAUGAAAGUACAUAUGGUGAAAUUUCUGAUGACGAUGAUCUUGGCAUUGACGAAACAGAACCCAAUGAUGCCGCGGAAAGUAACAAAAUAUGUCAACUACCUUCUGGCUCUCAGCCAAGCGAAAUCGAAACUGGUACCAGUCCGUCAAGUAAUUUUACUAAAGUUGCGUCGUCUGGGCAAGUAAAUGCGCUUGGCUUUGAUGGGGCUCAUCCUGGUGCUAACUCUACGACAAGGGAACAAAGUACAGCUAGUUUCUCUCCACCACCUGUUGUAUCAUAUAACGCGUCAUCAACAGCUACCAAUGCGACAUCUUUCUCGACGUUGGUUGGCGGGGUCGCGGAUUAUCUUCAAAAGUCGGUGAAAAACGCCAAAGAUGCCGUGGAGUAUGGAGUGGACUCUCUUUACACAACUAAAGACGCAGUGUCAGAUGAAGCACAGGCUCUGGUACAAGAGGUAUCAAAGUACAUUGAGAGCACGCCAAUGACCACAGAUCGCCUGUCACCAAUCGGGUCUUCCUUACAGCUUACUAUGUCGUCGCUGAAAUUGAUAGAAACGAAGCCAGCUACUGAUAUAAGGUCUCCGCAAAACUUUUCGUUACCGUCAGUCACUAAACGAAGUCGACAAAUUUGUGACAGUGGAGCAAAAAAUGAGACUCAAACAUCAAAGGUAAACUUUAUUGUCAAAACCCAGCUCGUGCGUCAUUUGCAUAUUGUUGAAGGAAAGCUCAUUUUGACCAGUUCGUCACUGCGCUUUGUGGCUGAACGAGUAGUCGACGAAAAUGAGACUGUUAUUGUUGAGAAAAAGGAAGGAGUGCCUAUAGAUAAAAUAUGGCGAUUUCUUUUCAAAGGUCGUCGAUGGAAGAUUGAUGACAUUGCAGGAUUGUACCGUCGGCGGUAUUUGCUCAAGCCGACGGCGCUGGAAGUAUUCAUUCUAUCCACUAGAAAAAACUACUUUUUUAAUUUAAUUUCUGAAGACGUCGCACUAUUUCACGAAGCGCUAAUGGCGCGUCGACCUCAAUUAUUGAAGCGGCAUCCAAGCGUUCGGCGACUGCGAAAUCCGAGUAGCUUGUUUCGUAAUUCUCCAAUGAGCACCCGCUGGAUUCAGCACGAAAUUUCUACGUUCGAGUACAUUAUGUGGCUAAAUACGAUCGCUGGUCGAACUUAUAACGAUCUCACUCAAUAUCCUGUUUUCCCAUGGAUCAUCUCCGAUUACGAGUCGGCAACGCUAGAUCUUAGCCGAAUAGGGUCUUACCGAGACCUAUCUAAGCCAAUGGGAGCUUUGGAGACGAGUCGCUUAAAAUUUUUUGUUGAUCGCUUUGUCGCGUUUGAGGAUCCUGACAUUCCCAAAUUUAUGUAUGGAACACACUACUCAAACAUCGGUGCAGUGCUUUACUAUCUCAUUCGCCUGGAGCCUUUCACUUCGUAUGCAUUGAGCAUACAAGGCGGCAAAUUUGACCAUGCGGACCGCUUGUUCCACUCGGUUGCCGAAACAUGGAAAAAUUGUCUGACUGACUAUACGGACUUGAAAGAGUUGACUCCUGAAUGGUUUUACCUCCCAGAGUUCCUGAUUAAUUGUAAUGAACUUGAUUUUGGGAUGCGACAAAAUGGCACGACUGUUAAUGAUGUUGUACUUCCCCCUUGGGCCCGGUCACCAGAGGAUUUUGUGAUGAAAAAUUUUGUGGCACUUGAGAGUGAAUACGUCUCAGCAAAUAUUCAUCACUGGAUCGACUUAGUCUUUGGCUGGAAACAGCGCGGAGCUGCAGCUAUGGAAGCAAACAACGUGUUCUUUUACCUCACAUAUGAAGGCAUGGUUGAUGUCGACUCAAUCACGGAUCCAAUCGUCAAGUCAUCCAUACAAUCUCAAAUUGCCCAUUUUGGGCAGACUCCGUCCCAACUGCUUCGAGAUCCUCAUCCUCAACGUCAACUUUGUAAAAAGCGUGAAUGGACUGAAAACUUGGAAUCUUCUGAGAUGAUAUCACCACCGUCGUUUGACCGCUACUUUGUUCUAAAUAUUCCUCAUGAAGCCCCGAUCGUACUCGUCAAAUUGAUUUCUGGCACUUCUCUAAUCGCCUGUGUGGAUCUCAAUGGCAUGAUCUCAUAUCAUCGACUUGAACCAAGGGGCUCAAGCUCACAUCAUUCUGAUAGCAAAUCAAACGGUAAAAUCAAAUCCUCUAGCUCGCAUAGCGAUCAAAUUACCAAGAUUCUCGAGCUUCAAGAUCGCAAAAGUCGAAAAGUGCUUGGAGAAACUCGCAUUUUAUCAGACCAGAUUGAUGUAUCAAAUUCCAUCGCAUUUCUUAAUCAAGGCAUGGUGAUCUGCACAGUGGGUCAUCAUGAUUUCUCUGCACGAUUUCAUUCGACAGAAGAUGGAGCACUACUUUAUCGUCUGUUGCAACACCAAUCGGUAGUAAGUUGUGUUAAUACCAGCAAGUCAGGUUUGAUGAUUGCACUUGGUUGUACUGAUGGGACGGUGUCUGUGUGGAAAGUGGCAAGUACGAACUCGACGAUGUUAGAAUCCUUAAAGCUUUUUAGAGGUACAAGAGUGAGCUCCAAGCCUGUUCAUGCCAGCAAUUUCUCGGCGGACCAAGUGUUGUUGGGACACAGUGCACAAAUCAAUUGCGUGCGUGUUUCGGACGAAUUAGGUAUUUGUAUCAGUGGAUCCACGUCUAACGAAUGCUUGGCUCACGACCUAGAAGAUGGGGCGAUUAUCCACUCUUUUCGAGUGCCUGGUCAUCUGGAGCCAGGUGUGAUUUCGCUCGACUUGUCCAUUUUAGGGCACGUGAUCCUUCAGUCGAUGGGCACGGGGGUUCCCAUACUAUAUUCGUUUCACUUAAAUGGUUCAUUGCUAGCUAAGCACUUGUUGGGUGAUCACCCUAUGACAUCAUUGAGUAUAUGUGCCAGAUACUCACAAGUGGUAGUUAGCAACAGUGCGCAGGCGCUAUUGAUGACAGCACACACAUUCGAAGACCAACGUCUCAGGGACUGGCUUCUGAUGAAAGACAUGCCAUAUUUGGCGUCAGCAACGGCAAAAUAG